AUUCAUCCCACAACUAGUAGAGCACCCAUUUGUGUGGGGUUGUGUGCUGCAGAUACUGAUAUUUUACAGCCUUUACAUGCUUUAGGAGAAAAGACCUCCUUAUUUGUGACGUUAUCUUGUGCUAUUCAUAUUGUAAAAUUGAAGCAUUGACUCUCUGUACCAACUAAAAAUGGCAGAAAGCAGUCACCCUGAAGAUGAGAACCAAUCAGCACAGCACAGAGAGAAAAAACAGGAAAUGAUAUUGAUGGAGCCAUACAACUACAUUUUACAGGUUCCAGGAAAGCAAGUCAGGACUAAACUCUCACGCGCAUUUAACUACUGGAUGGACAUUCCUGAAGAUAAAGUGAAAAAGAUCAGUGAAGUAGUUCAAAUGCUGCAUAAUGCAAGUUUAUUAAUUGAUGAUAUAGAGGACAGUUCUAAGCUCAGACGGGGCAUUCCAGUAGCACACAGUAUCUAUGGUAUAGCACAAACUAUCAACUCGGCCAACUAUAUGUAUUUCCUAGGGCUGAAGGAAGUAAUGCAGUUUGAUCAUCCUGAUGCAAUGAAAAUAUUUACAGAGCAGCUAGUCUUAUUGCACCAAGGACAGGGUAUGGACAUCUAUUGGAGAGACUCCUAUACAUGCCCCACAGAGGAAGAAUACAAAGAGAUGGUCAUAAAGAAAACUGGAGGUCUGUUUGGUUUAGCUGUCAGGCUCAUGCAACUUUUCAGCACAAACAAAAGUGACUUCAAACCCCUGAGUGACAUCCUAGGCCUGUACUUCCAGAUCCGAGAUGACUAUGCCAACCUCUGCUCCAGGCAGUACACUGAGAACAAGAGUUACUGUGAGGACCUCACCGAGGGCAAGUUCUCCUUCCCUUUGAUCCAUGGGAUCCGCAGUCGACCCGAGAACACACAGGUUAUGAGUAUCCUAAGACAGAGGACGGAAGACAUGGAUGUCAAGAGAUACUGUGUAGACCUGCUAGAAAAGUUUGGUUCAUUUGAAUAUACAAGGACAGUGCUCUUUGAUCUAGAAAAGCAGGCUUAUCAACAUAUAACAAACCUAGGAGGAAACCCCAUCUUGGAAUCCAUCUUGGAAGAACUUGGUAAACUCAUACGGCAUAGGGAUCAAUGACGUUUGUCCACCUGUAACAUCUGAACUUCCAUCUAUGACCGUCGUGUGUUAUUACAGGUGAAUCUACCAAUGUCAAAUCUCUUUGGAACACUGAAAUCUGUUUGACUUAGGUACAUUUACAUAAUAAUUUAAAUAGUACAUGAUUUGCAUAUUCUGGUGUGAAAAGAAUACUUUUACUGAGGCGAUUCUUCGACUUAUGGAAGGUCUACUUAAAGCAGUUCUACUGUAUUUGUAUUGUAUUUGAUGCCACCCAGUGAUUGGUGGUGAUUUUUUUUUACCUUAUGGCUAAGAAAGUAUGAAUGCUUGUAAGCAAAAAACCGAAGGAACGACAGCUUAAAGUCCUCUCCGAGGAACCUGGUAAUGAGGAUUAAUGCUUUACCAAAGGGCACUAGCGCACCAAGUAGGAAUCAAACCUACGUCACCGGAAUCUGAAACCCCUGCUCUACCGACUGAGCUAUCUUUGCCAGUGCAACAGGCAAGAAGUGAACCACCCUUUGCCUCAGGUAUACCUGACCUAGUUGUGAAGAUAGACAAUCUCACCUUAGCUUUCCUUACUAUACUAUAGAACUUGGAAAGGGCAAUUGGUUGUAGUGUAAGGUGGACAUUCAUCUACUGAGGAUCACUAUUUGACAUCCUAUCUGAGGAACAUAUGUUUAACUGGGCAUCACAUGUAGCCGUGCUAAAGGAAAGGGGCAAAUUGAUACACCGCACAGACUUCAGUCAUCUGCCUGGGUUUUUAAUUUGGUGUCUUGAAAGGCACUUGUUCAUUGUAUGUUUUCCUGCACAGCAUUGUUUCAGGAUGUGUCUAUAGUACAAGUUUGGAGAUUCUUGGGACCAAUACUAAUAUCAGUAUAAAAAAUGCUUCCUUGGAUCAGGGUCAAUAAAGUUAAUUUGUAUGUGAAGGCAGAGGGGGGGGGGGUGGAGAAGUUACUGUUAGAUUAAUUCAUAUCUCCCAUUGAGAUGUGUGCAUCAUUUUUUUUUCAAUAGGAUUUUCUAGCUAAUGUGUUUUUAUUCAUUGGAAAUGGUAAAUUUUAGAGUCUGUUUUUACAAUAUUUUUGCUGAUCCACUUAGCAUGUACUGAGUUACUGCAGAUAUUGUGCUAUACAGAUUUGCUCUUUGUGUGCUGCAGUUGUUCUAUAAAUUAAAAAUAUCUUUAGAUUUGCAAAGCUUAAGUAAAUCAAAAUCAUGCUGCAAAUCAUUUGAUCACAAUUCAUGUAGUGCAGAAAUUCUGCCAUUUACAAUUGUUUUUCACCAAAGUGAUACCUCAAGAGUGGUCAAAAAGCUAAAUGUAACACCAUUUUUAUGUAGUCCUGUUCUAUUUAGAAAAAUAUGUUUCCCUGUUUAUAGAUGGCCUUUGUGUUUAUGACAGCUCAAAGAUUUCUGAUCUGUAGAUUUUUCUCUUGCCACACGAUCAUUUUGUUCUCGUCAUGUUAAUUGACUGCAUGGAAUGUUAACGAUUAGAAGUAAGGAACUAGAUGACCAAUGCAUUAAAGCCUCUCAUGUAAUAAGAUCGGUGCUUUUUCAAAGUCUCAAGGGAAUCAACUUGUAAAACUGGUUCAUGAUUUUACAGGAUAUUAGUGCUGAAUAGCAAAGCCUCGUUUUUUUGUGUAAUUGUUGUUGGCUGGGGGGAGGGUGGUGUAAACAGCAUGUGUCGAUCCGUGUAAAUGUAUUUUCUUCCGUAAUGAGCUGUCAGUAUAUUUCUUUUGGUUAUAAUUGCUUUGUAGAUAUUUUUUAAUUUCAAGGUCAAGAUGU